GCGACGGGGCGAGUCAACAAGCCAUGAACUAGACUAAUACCCCACAAGACCCCAGAUUGCCUCUCCUUGCAUUCCUUCGCGACCUCGAGCCUCCAGCCUCCCAUCUAUCACGAGCGCCCAACAUCCCAUCCGACCGCCAACGCCCACACCCACAAUGUCCGAAUCCCUCACAACGAAGCAAGUCGCCGAGCACGCCUCGGUCGACAAGGGUCUCUACAUCAUCAUCGACAGCGACGUGUACAAAAUGGACACAUUUGUCGACGAGCACCCGGGCGGCGCAAAGAUCCUCAAGAGAGUGGGUGGCAAGGAUGCAAGCAAGCAGUUCUGGAAGUACCACAAUGAGAGCGUGCUUAAGAAGUAUGCACCGAAGCUCAAGGUUGGGACCGUCAAGGAGGAGGCAAAGUUGUAGUGCGAUACCAAUACCAUUGUGCUUGUUU